CUUGCUUUGUGAACCCUUCUCUUCUCAUCCUUAUAACUACAUUUAGCCGGCAGCUGUUAAUCUACAUCUUAAUCUCAUAGUGCUGUGCGUUUUCCGGUAUGACGUCCGUACCAACAUCAAUACUGAAGCCCACCAAUCAAACUGUUCGACAGCCAUUAUCUGAGGACGACGACGACGAGGACGUUUUACAUCAUAACACCUUGUCUAAUGCCCGCGGCUACACCAGUGCAGAUGACCUCGAAGAAGACGAAGACAAUUUGCCAGCGGAAUCAGCUGAUUUGCUACAACUGGAAAAGGUCAUCAAGGCUGGUUACUUACUCAAGAAGGGUGAAAAACGGCGGACGUGGAAGCGUCGCUGGUUUGUACUACGGGCGACCAAAAUGGCAUUAUACAAAGAUGACAAGGAAUACCGUCUUUUACGAAUUAUCGACAUGCACGAUGUUCAUAGUACCACGGAAGUCAAAUUGAAAGACAAGCACAAAUGGGUCAUAGGGGUAGUGACACCCAAACGAACGUUUUACUUGCAAGCUCCCAGCGAACAUGCUUUAAAUGAGUGGAUGCAAGCUUUUCAACAAGCCAAAGAAGAGUUUAAACUUUUGGAGCAUGACGAUAGUAACAGUAGCCUGAAUCGGGAUGAAGAAGCUGCCAAGGAACUAGUCUCGUCCUAUUCAAGCGGUACCAGCCCCAAAGCUUUUUCACCGCUUCAUAACGCUCGACGAGAAUCACAACACUCCAUUUCCAGCGUUUUAGCUGCAUCACAAGAAGUUGUCGUCUCACCACGAACACGCAUACCACCUUUGGAUAUACCCGGACGUCGCAUUCCUCCUCCUGGCGUACAAGAUUACCUUUCCACAUCCAUAUCUACUACCACCAGUGCUGGAUCACCACUAUCGCCCAUCAAUGAGCAAGUUGCGCGUAUGCAUCUAGGCGAGGAUGCUAUGAGUUCUGAGGACGAAGAUUAUCGAUAUGACGAAAGCACCAAUUCAACUGUAGCGGCGGUCGAAAAGGAAGGGGACAAAAACCGCGUUUUAUUUGAAGGGUAUCUAUUGAAGCUCGGGCGCAACAAGAGCUGGAGGAAACGAUGGUUUGUGUUGAGAAGCGAAACGCUUGCCUAUUAUGAAAAUGAAAAGGAAUAUGCACCGCAUCGCAUACUGCCGCUUUCUGAUGUAUUGGAUUCAUUGGAGAUUGACCCUGUCAGCAAGAACAAGCGAUUUGUUUUCAAAAUCGUAACGGUCAAACGUAAUUUUAUUUUAUGUGCCGAUCAGCUAGAUACCAUGGAGCGAUGGCUUGACACGCUGAGCGUUGCUGUGAGGAGAGCUAAGAAAGUCGACCAAGAAGUGACAAGACCGGUUGAUAAUGCCAGUGGUAUUAGUGGAGCUGGAGGCGUGGGAGGCGCUGGAGGAGCUCUUGGAGGUCAGCCUAGCAACAGUGGCACCCGGCAGGUGCUAAGCAAGUCACCAGCACCCGGUGUUGGAUGCUGAAAAAGCCACUCCUGAAUUAUUUCUUUGAUCAUAAUUUUUUCCACUCGCUCAACCAAUAAAUCAUCCAGCGCUGACUCAGCUCGCUUUCAAAAAAAAAAAAAAAAAUGCUAGACUCAACUCGGGGAACUGAGAGUAAAUU